AUGCAUUUCAAAUUUUUGAUUCCAAUUGCACUGGCUACAAUAUUGGCUUUCAAUGGUGCAAUACAAGCUGCACCUGUUCCACAGAAUAUUUCUGAAAGUAUUAUCGAUGAGAAUACUCCAACUGUUAGCAAUGCUACUACAAUCUCAAAUCAGACAAUUGAGGAAACAGCUACACCUGUUAGUUCGUUGUUGGAUGAUGAAAACUCUCAUUAUAUGAAUGCUGAGAAAGAUAAUAACGAAACCAAAAAGAAGAAAAAAAAAUCUAAAGGUUUACACGUUGUUUCAAUAGUUUUCAUAUCUCUUCUUUGCCCCGUUGUUGGUAUCUGGCUCUACAUUGGCUUUUUGAAUAUAUCAAAAGAAUAUUCCAGAAAACGGUAUCAGAAUUUUCUUGAAAUGACUAAGUACAUCAAAAGAGAUGUCAAGGGAAAGGGUCAACCAUGGUCUACUUAUUUAAGACGGGUUAUUUUCAAUUGGAAAACUUUAGGUAUUCUAAUCAUUGGUUUGAGUUUGGCUGGUUUAGUAAUAUUAAUAUGGAAUAUCUUCAAAUAUUUGUUUAUUUGGCCAAUAAUGGCAAUAUUCAACUUUGGUGUGGUUAAAAAAUUCUUCGCUACACUUGCAACUCCAUUCAAAAUCGAUGAAUACCCACCACCUCAUGAGUCAAACAAUGGAAACAACUCCAAUGAAACAACUACAGCCAAAGGUUCAGAUGAAGUGCAAGGUAACAUUGUCAAAAGAUCACAAGUUGAACAAUAUAUAUUUGAUGAAGGAAAGUUAUUCGAAACAGCAAAUAGUAUUUUUUCACCAGAGUUCCAAUGUUGUGAAGAAUUGACAGGAGAUGCCUUAUUUGAGAAGUACCCUGAUCAUGCAUCGAAACGAGAACCAUGCCCCAUAUGUCUUGAAAGCUUACAUUCAAACGACUUGUUGUUGUUGUUACCUUGUAAUCAUGUUUACCAUCGUGCUUGUUUACAUGAUUUUAAAAGAAGCUUACAAACAGCAAAUUUAAAUCAAGUUAUUAUGGUUAGAUGUCCAACAUGUCAGUUGAAUCUUGUCAGGUUGUAUCAAUAUUAUAUUGAUCAUGGGUUAGAUUUCAAAGAGGUUAAAUUUGACAAUAGAGCCUGA